UGUUGGAUAUCUCGUUAUACUUGCAACGACGAUGAGAAUAACUCCUUCUAUUAUUUUACGUUGUGUAGGAGCUAAACCUCAUUUCCGUAGUUUGGUGCUUUAUCACAUCCAUACACUGAACAGAGAAUGUUCUUAUAUGAAGCCUGAUGAAAAUGGCACAUCCAUCAACCAGACUGUCCUCUCAAUUGCUUAGAAGUACACAUACAUUUUGUAAGAGCUCAUCAUUAGCAGCUAAAUUAAUACCAAAAUCAUGCAGACAUGAAAAUUGCAAAGACUUGACUCUAGGCCUACCAUAUCAAAAUUGCCAAGUUAAAUCAGCUACAUAUUUGCAAAGUAGGCAUUUUAGAACAACAGUUUAUGCAUCCAACAAGAAAAAGAAGAAAUUAGACCCUAGCAAAUUUGGAGAAGGAAAAGGAAAGAAGAUUGUUGAGGUGGAAAAAGCAAUGACAGUUGCAAGCCUUGCUGAAGCAAUGGGUGUCAGGCGAGAUCAUGUUUACGAUGCAAUGGAGCUGAGGUCAGAUAUGAAGCGAUUUAAACCAGAUACAAUUUUGAAUUUUGAUGUGAUAAGAGAUAUUAUCAAGAAAUCUGACAUGUUAUAUACAUUUAAACAUGAAGAAAAAAUAAUUGAAAAGAAAAGCCUUGAUGCUGUACGGAGACCACCUUGUGACCCUGCACUGCUUAAACCAAGAUCACCGGUAGUAACCAUAAUGGGCCAUGUAGACCAUGGUAAAACCACACUCCUAGAUUACCUCAGAAAGACAUCGGUUGCUGAGGGUGAAGCUGGUGGUAUUACACAACACAUUGGUGCUUUUUCAGUGGCCUUAAAAGAUGGGCAGAAAAUUACUUUUCUGGAUACACCGGGUCAUGCUGCAUUUUCAGCGAUGCGGUCUCGAGGAGCACAUGUAACGGACAUCGUUGUUCUCGUUGUAGCUGCUGAUGAUGGAGUAAUGGAACAAACUAGAGAGUCUAUACGCUUCGCUGAGGAGGCAGGAGUUCCUAUGAUUGUGGCAAUAAACAAAUGUGACAAGCCUGCCUCAAAUCCAGAACAGACCAAACGGGAACUUCUUGGGCAUGGAAUUCAAUUGGAGGACUUUGGCGGAGAAGUUCAAGCUGUAGAAAUAUCAGCCCUCAAGGGCAUAAAUAUUGAUGUACUAGGAGAAUCAAUUAUAGCUCAGGCUGAAGUGAUGGAGUUGAAGGCAGAUACAACAGGCAUAGUUGAAGCAAACGUUAUAGAAUCCAAGGUGGAUAGAGGAAAAGGUGCUGUAGCAACUGUUAUUAUUGAGAGAGGAACCCUGAAGAAAGGUUCCAUACUUGUUGCAGGCAAGUCCAUGUGUAAGGUUCGCAAUAUGUACAACGAACACGGCCAGCAGAUCAAUGAAGCACCCCCUAGCACACCGGUAGAAGUUACAGGUUGGAAGGAAAUUCCAGGAGCUGGGGAGCUCAUUCUAGAAGUAGAAUCUGAAAAAAGAGCAAAGGAGGUUAUUGACUGGAGGAAAGAAGCCGAACAAGAUGAACGUUCAAAACAGGAUGCCAUCAUUGUUCAGAAGAAAGCAGAAGAGCAACGAAAAGCCCACACGGAGAAGAGGAAAGUAAACAGUUUAUUAUCAUGGAGAGAAAUUCGCAUGAGACAUUCGGCCGAGAGAUUCUCCCGUGAAAAAGAGAACGUAAAGAGUGAACAUCCUGAGCUAAACAUUGUGCUGAAAGGUGAUGUUGAUGGAUCAGUGGAGGCCAUAUUGGAUGCCUUAUCAACUUACGAUUCUGACCAAUGUAAACUGGAUAUACUACACUGUGGUGUAGGCAUUGUAUCUGAAAAAGAUGUUGAAAUCGCAAAAACUUUUGAUGGUAUUGUUGUUGGCUUCAACGUAGCUGUUAGUGGUGUUACACAGACGUUAGCAGAUAAACUUGGAGUGCAGAUCCUUAAACAUUCUAUUAUUUAUAAAUUAAUUGACGAUCUAAAAGAGGAAUUGAACUCUAGACUGCCUCCAGUUGAAGAAAUAAGUGUUUUAGGUGAAGCAACCGUGAUGCAGCCUUUUACGGUGUCUGUAGGCAAACGCAAGGUCGAAGUGGCAGGUUGCAGAGUCAAUAAGGGUAGUCUAAAUAUUUCAGGGGAAUUUAAAUUAGUUCGCAAUCAAGAAACAAUUCAUGAAGGACAAUUAACAUCUCUUAAACAUCAUAAGGAUGAUGUAAAAUCUGUGAAGAAGGAUAUGGAAUGUGGAUUGUCUUUCAAGGAGAAUUUAGAAUUUAAAAAUGGAGAUACAAUAAUCUGCUAUGAAACAUCCCAUAUACCACAAACAAUUGAUUGGGAUCUAGGAUUCUGAUAGGCUGCCAAAGAUUUCUAACAACUUUGGGGUAUACUGUAGACACUAAUGAAAAAGAUUGACUUCAUUAUUGUCAUUUGAUAUUGUCAUUUGAAUAUGGAACGAGAGGUUCCUUUUUCAUUCAUGUUUAAUUUCGGAAUUUCAUGUCCAUACAAAAGAAUAACACUUGAACCUAUGAAACACAAAAUAGGAAAAUAUAAGUACAAAAAGAGCGAAAGACAACUUCGGCAUCAUUCAUGUUUUUACGAGAAUACAUAACAUACUCCCAGGGAGCAGCUAAUAGAGAGCGUUUGAUUUGCGACGAUGUAGAAUGUAAUGACGUCAUAAUUGAAUUGUGUGUUACAUUCUCUCCAGAAAUUUGAAAUGGUCGUUGGCUGAAUCUGCGUGUUCAGGCCAGAAAGCGAACUGUUGUAUUAUCCUUUGGUGCAUCAGUCUUUGCAUCUUUGCUUACUCAAAAAAUUGAUUUAGAAAUUAGAACACUUGCAAUGCCAGUGACAGAUGAAUAUAUUGUUCUCAUUCUACGUUCUCAAUCGAAAUUCUCUAAUAAUGAUUUGUACUCUCCAUAAAGAAUACCGCAAGAUUUAACUUUCUAUGCAAAUUAAUGUAAGCCUUAGAUUACCUCUACUGCAGUAGAGGUAAUAAUGACAAUGGCUGUAAGUUCGCCCGAAGACCAAGGUAUAAUUGGCACCAGUGUAGGUGGGGGG